GAUGUGGAACAUGAGCUAAUUCAACCAGUUACGAAGCAUUUAUUCUACCUGGAAGUUAAAGAUAAAAUUGAAAAUCGUGGUCGCUCCGGUCACCUUGGAGUUGAUGGAGCAUUUAUACAACCAUCGCUAGAGGCAGCAGUUCAGCUUACUGUCCUCUCAGCGCAAAUUGAAUUUGAGGAUUUCCCAGAAAACGAGUUGGAUGACGAGGCUGAGCAAUUAGCUCUUUCAAAGAGACUUUUGCGACUUCUUCCAAAAUACCUGCCCAUCAACGUGCAAAUAAACGCGGGAAUUGCUCAACGUUUAAAGGAAUGUUACAGGAAUAACAAAGGUUUGAAUAGGGAAGAAGCUGAGAUCAGGUACCUCAAGAUUGCGCAAUCUUUUCGACUCUUUGGAGUGGAUUAUUUUGUGGUGACGUGCGUUAGAAUGAAGGAUCCACGAACCCUCAGUCUAACGCGGUAUUUCAGCAAAGCAGAAUUCUCAAGUUGGCGAACUCUGCUUGACGCCUUUUGGCAUGCACCCCGGAGCGGCGGUGUGCCAGCCAGCCAGCCAGCCAUCCGGCCGCGUCCCCGCGCCGGUCUGCACAAAACCCCUCGGUCGACAUUUCGCAAACCAUCGAAACGCGCCUUCCUCCCGUAUAAACAUGGCGUGCUGGGUUUGGGUUUAUUCUGGCAGUCGAGUCGUGUUGAGUUGAGGUUCUACAUAAGCCAUAUAUUCGUCUACACAAGAGUAAGGCUUGGUUGGAGCCAGGGAUUCGGGAGGGAGGAGCAGGUGACGUGGCUCACCUGGCCAACGUCUGCCCCUCCCACGGGCACCACCACCACCACCUCGUCCAACAUCCGGGGCGCACACGCCCUCAUUCACGAUCGGCAUCAGGAAUUGUCGUGGGUCGGAAUCACUGCAGCGGGAAUACAACUGUUCGCGAAGAACCAAGUUGACCGAGCUCGAUAUACCUUCCCUUGGAACAUAAUCAAAAAUGUCUCCUAUCGAGAACGCAAGGUGGGUCCUCUUUUAGCACCAGGUUCAAUCUUGCAGUUCACAGUGAAAUUGAACACAUCUUGGCGUCCUUCAAAGAAGUCUGGCGGUGCAGUCGCAGGUCGCCAGACCGCAGCACCAAGUUGCUCGUCACCGGGCGCAGCCAUCAGCGCCCCGCACACCCCCUCGAUCUCGCGCCGUUCACCCAGUCGGCCGGGAACCCCGGUGUCGGGCAAGCGCGCGCUCUCCCGCCCCCCGCUGCCACCACCGCCGCCCCCGCCGGCGCAGGCGAUGGGCGACGCAAGGUCAGGCAAGUACCUCUCUGCGGCGUCGCAUCAACCGCGCGGUCAGUUGGUGGGGGCGAGAAACAAGGCGCAGUGCCACCUUUCUCCUGGCGUCAUCGAUGUUGUUGAGGGAUCGAGGCUGGAAGGGAAGAUCCCGGAGCCCUCUUCACAGGUUCGAGACCCCACAGAGACAUUUAGAGGCUACGGCGGUGGCCACCCGUAUCGAUCCACCAUCAGCGCAAGUCCCGCCAGCGACUUUGCCGGGGCCCCCAACAGCGGCGCCUUCGGGGGGUCGGGGGUCUCGUCGGGUGGUUCGGUCGCCAGUGGGCCCGUACCGACUUCCCGGCACGCCGCCACCGUCAUCGAGAUGUGGCUUGCUGAACCUUACCAGGCAAAGAACAUCAUCCACUUGUGCGCUGGGAAUCAUUCUUUGUUUAUGCGGCGCAGGCAGCCUGACUCCGUGGAUGUUCAGCAGAUGAAGGCGCAGGCACGGGAGGAACGCAUUCGGCGGGGGGCUGAGCGCGCUCUCCUGGAACGCGCGCGAUCAGAAAAAGCCGCCGCUCUGAAGUUGAACGCCGCACUGGAAUCCCGGUGUGCGCAGCUCGAGUCGGCUCUGCGUUCCACAACAGCAGCAACUGCAGCAUCGGUAAAUCGACAACGUUCGCCCGGCGGAGGCUCCUAUAACUCGGAUCACAGCUUGACUAAGGGCGAUGGCGAGAAGGAGGUUGAAGAACAGGAAGGGGAAUUGGACGAUGUGGGGGAUGUUGGAGACGCGGAGGGCGGGGACGAAGUCGAAGAAGGCGAUCAUGGAGGGAGACCUGGGGUCCAGUUCGCCACUGGGCAGCUCCUCCACCAACCCUCCACCACUUCACCGAUCUACGCACGCCUUCGCCACCACCAACGGCAACGUCGGCAGACGGCACAAUACAGGAGGUGCAAAGAGGGGGCAUCUCAGCUCCUAGCUCCUCCACAGGCUCCGUCGACUGGAAUUUACGAAGGAUUUUUGUGGAGCCAGUCACCAGUGGCGGCGUCGGUGCCGACGCAGUCAGAACCGGCUAUUCCACAAAUGAUUCCCUGGUCUCCUGUGUGUAAUGCCCUGGUUCGUCAGCCGCGAGGGGACCUUACUUCGUUGACUUUCUCCCGACCGCCCUCCAUGCCUCCACGUCCAGCAAGGGUGACACAGAGUUUGGAGCGUCUUCCUUACCAACAAAUGGUGCUGAAUCCGGCCCGGACGCUCCAGGCUCCGGUACCAAUUCCGUCUCACCCACCUACUUCCAGCAUUUCCCUCCAUUCUUUCCAUGGGGGUCAACAAUACCACCAGCAGCAACACCACCAAACCGGCCCCCAGGUUGUACCUUCCAUUUCAUCUAACUAUCAGAUGUUCCCAAAACACUUCUACGGAAGUCGAAAUAACCAACAAGAGCCAGGAAAUCCCUGGCAAUACCCUCGUCCGCUUGGUGGCAGCACUCACCGCGGUCGUCUCUACAACGGAUUCAGUUAUCCGGGUCACUUGAACCAUCUCACAUCCAGCAACCUUGUCGGGGAGGAGGCCGGCACACAAUGCGACCUGAUCAGCCCACCGCCUCGUUCAACGUCAACCGUUUCUGGCGGAAGUCGACGGGUUUUCGAUGUGGGCGGAGCCCAGGCCACUCACGUGGAGCCAAGCGACGUGAUACUGCCACAACACUAUCAAUGGACCCGACCCAUUGAAUCUUUUCAGUCGAUGAGUCACCUAGCGUCCACUCGGAGACACUUCCAGCCAACCGCACAGUCAUUGAUGUGGUCAGGUGGCCUUCCCACGGGGAAGUAUCCAAAUCCCUACAUGGGUUGCCCUUACAUGACUCCGGGUUCCGGCGGGCCAAUGUGCUAUUAUCCACUCGGUUACUAUCGUGGCUCCAACCAACUCUCCUACUUUGACACUGGAGAUGUGCAUCAAUUGGGAUUUGGUCAUUAUGCUCCAUGUGCGCCCGUCUCCAUGCCGAUUCUCAACGGGGAAGAUGAUUUCUACCUCUCAGGAGGAGGCGAAACCGAGGAACUGCCUGGACCGCCCUAUUUUCAGCCUGCUUGGUUACCUUACUACGACCCUUACUGGAACUGGAUGCGAGCUACAGCAGGUAGCGCUUCUGUGGCAGCCUCUUCGACGGGCCUUGAAUCAAGGGCCGUGCGUUGGCCACCCGCCGUUCCUCCGGCCCCAGUGGUGACGGCAAAUGCUUCACUGAAUGCGAUGCUGUCACCGUAUGCGGGACCUACUCGGCGUCGAAUGCAUCAGCAGAAAAUGGCUGCUGCGAAGCAGCUGCAGAAACAACAACACCAGCAACCAGCGGAGGGUCAAGCGUUUGCACAGUUACCCCCAAAGCGACAGGUGUAUCGUGGAAUUUCGCUACAGGAUCUACCCAGUAGAACCAGAUCUGAUAGCGAGACGGUUGGCCAUGCGCGGGAGCGGUCGGCUUCACGACCCUCUUUGGUCCGCGCUGACGCCUCCACAGACGGAACCUCAGGAGGCGGGGGAGGCGGUGACGCGAGCAGCCCCGGGUACCUGGGUGCUUCUGCCCUCGAGGACCAACAGCCCCCGCGCAUCUUCACGUCGCCGCCACCGCCCAGCCUCCUCCUCCCACCCACUGCGACUCAGGAGGAUCGAAUGCGAAUCGCCUACCAACAGGCAAGUAACACCCAUCUCCCUGGUACUACCCCAAAUCCGGGGUACUUACUUCUUACGAAUAUGCAUUUGCAUCGACAGUUGUGGGAGGAGUGGGUGCGGAGGACCGGCACGACCUGCCCACCCGACAGUUCGCUCCCCAGUAAACAGCGCAAGGAUGGUGACGAGCACGGCCAGCGAAGACCCUCCGACGCUUACGAGUACUCGGGAGGUGGAUCGUCUCUGCGACGAGUUCCUCCACCGCCGAGUUACCAGCAGUUCAUGGUGUCGGGAACAUCGCCCCAAUCGGGCUACCAGAUGCAGCUGGGCAUUGCGGACAGCCGUGACCCAAGUGGGCCAGACGGCUCCAGUUCUGUGGGUUACGUGGGUGUCGACAUCCACGGCACUCCCAGCGGAGCGAGUGGCCCUGGGUUCGUCGGCGGGUACUCUCCGGGACACUUCGAGCCAUCGCCUCUGGGCAGGUUCUCAGUCCGGGCUGGCGAUGAAGAAGACGAGGGAAAUGAAGUGGGCGCUACAGAAGAGUACGCUCGAGAGACCCAACGCCCGCUGUCGAGAAGUUCCUUUAGUGGACUCAGACGUGGACAGCAUCCUGGCUCCGUUGACCGGUUGAGCACUAUCGCCUGUAUUGCUCAAUCUCCAGAUCCCAGUUACAUAUCUAACGUCCACCUUUACGCCAACAUGACCCUCGUGGAUGGUCAGCUGGUUCCCCUGAUGGGUCGUCCAGCUCCUCCCCUGCAAGACCAUCCUGCUUUUCUGCCCCCUUUCACGAAUCCUGCACGUCCAUCACCUCCCCCUUUGAACCCGGCUCCUCGAUGCUCCGCCCCCAGCAUCUCCACCGCAUCUGGUCAGUCACGGCCUCUCACAAAGUACCACUCGUCUCAGACUGUGUGGCUUACGAAUACUGGAGGCAUCUGCGACCAGGAGGCCUUAGUGACCCCCAGAAAAGCCCCCCAAUCGGCAAAACCACUCCAAUCAUCGCCGGCGCCACCACUGCCACCACCACAGCCUCCGAAGUGCGUUGUCUUCCAAGAUUCUCGAUGGAGUCAGUCAAACAAAUAA